AAGCGAGUUGGCAGCCCCCGCCAAUGUAUAUGCGUAAUUAACGGUAAUUAACGGCAGAGAAAACAAUUUAGUUUCAUUCGAUUCCGAGAUUCCGAGCAUCAACAAAGUGUGGGUGCACACGUCACUACUGAUUUGCAUAACAGAACGAACUUCGGCUGCAAGUGGAGUGUGAAAACUGAUAGUCGACAACAACAUAAGGCGUAAUCCAAGCAGACAACAACAACUACAACUAUCUGAGUUAGACAAAGGCCACUAGUGCGAGUACAGUAAACAAAAACAAAAGCAGCGAGAUAAGCGAAGGAGGACAAAGCAGAAGAGUUCAACUCGCCCGUUGGCAGAAAUUGAUACAAUUAUUUUGCAGAAACGGCAGAAAAAAAACAAAAACAGCAGGAAAUCAGAAGAGGCGGAUUAAUCAUCGUACAUUUUUCGAUACGCCCAUCGGUUCCCAGUUCCAAUCGCUGGUCAGUACGGAUUGAGCCAGCCGUGAGUUGAGAUGGCGCGCGAGGACGAGGAACGCAUCGUGGACAAUGAGGAGGUCUCUCAUCCGGCGGAGGAGGAUGUGGUGGCUACCGGAGGACGCGGAAAUCGCCGGGAUAACGAACUAAGCCUGCCCUCCGGUGGCUGCUGCAUGCCCUCCAGCACCAGUCACCGUUUCAUGGCGCUGGUGUUCAUGUGCCUCCUUGGAUUUGGUUCCUACUUCUGCUACGACAAUCCCGGCGCCCUGCAGAAUGUCUUCAAAAGGGAUCUCCACCUGAGCUCCACCCAGUUUACGCUCAUUUACUCCAUCUACUCGUGGCCCAAUGUCGUCCUGUGCUUCGUGGGCGGCUUCCUGAUCGAUCGUCUCUUUGGGAUUCGCUUGGGAACCAUCAUCUACAUGCUGAUCCUGCUGGUGGGCCAGCUAAUCUUCGCCUGCGGCGGCAUACUGGACGCCUUCUGGAUGAUGAUCCUGGGCAGGUUCAUCUUUGGCAUUGGCGCUGAAUCGCUGGCCGUGGCCCAGAAUAGCUAUGCUGUGCUGUGGUUCAAGGGCAAGGAACUCAAUAUGGUCUUCGGCCUGCAGCUUUCGGUGGCCCGUUUCGGGAGCACCGUCAACUUUUGGGUGAUGCAGCCCAUCUACGACUUUGUCAGCAAGUUCUACCAGGGACACACCGCUCUGGGCGUCGUCCUGCUGCUGGCCACGCUCACCUGUGUGAUGUCCAUGAUCUGCGCCCUCAUCCUCGGCUGGAUGGACAAGCGAGCGGAGCGGAUAUUGCAGCGCAACACCAAUCCGGCUGGUCAGAUACCCAAGCUCACGGAUGUCUUCUCGUUCAAGCCACCCUUCUGGAUGGUCUCCAUCAUUUGCGUGGCCUACUAUGUGGCCAUUUUUCCAUUUAUUGCGCUGGGUCAGAACUUCUUUGUCGACCGAUUUGGUUAUACGCCGGCCCAGGCAAACACUGUGGACUCGCUGGUGUAUCUAAUUGCGGCCGCCUCGUCACCCAUUUUUGGUUUCAUCAUCGACAAGCUGGGCAGGAAUGUGACCUGGGUGUUUACGGCCACGCUGACGACGAUUGGAGCCCAUGCCCUGCUCACGUUCACCCAAUUGACACCGUAUGUGGGCAUGACCAUCAUGGGACUCUCGUAUUCCAUGCUGGCCGCCAGUUUGUGGCCCCUGGUGGCGCUCAUCAUUCCGGAAUACCAGUUGGGCACCGCCUACGGCUUCUGCCAGUCCAUUCAGAAUCUUGGCCUGGCCGUAAUCACCAUUUUGGCCGGAAUAAUCGUGGAUCACAGCGGCGGCGAGCACAUGUGGCUGCAGCUGUUCUUCAUGGGCUGGCUGACCAUCGCCCUGAUCGCCACCGGCGUCAUCUGGGCCUACAACAGCAAGCACCGCGGUAAUCUCAACAUGACGCCCCAGCAACGGGCGCAGUUCGUCAGCGCUGAGAAUUAUCAGAAUUUUGAAUAGA